AGCGAGAGAGAGAGAGAGAGAGACUCUGACUGAAGCAAAUCUGUUUCCUGUAUUACAACUUAGUUCCUUAACAGUUGUUUUACAGUGGUGGCCGGCAAAAAUUGCUUAAAAGUUUCUGAAAAUGCAAGCUAUCAAGUGUGUGGUGGUUGGAGAUGGAGCUGUGGGAAAAACUUGUCUUCUCAUCAGCUACACAACCAAUGCCUUCCCUGGAGAGUACAUUCCCACAGUGUUUGAUAACUACUCGGCAAAUGUAAUGGUGGACAGCAAACCAGUCAACUUGGGCCUCUGGGAUACAGCUGGACAGGAAGACUAUGACAGAUUGCGGCCACUGUCCUACCCUCAAACGGAUGUGUUUCUCAUCUGUUUCUCCCUGGUGAGCCCAGCAUCAUUUGAAAAUGUCAGAGCCAAGUGGUACCCAGAGGUGAGGCACCAUUGCCCUUCCACUCCGAUAAUUUUGGUCGGCACCAAGCUCGAUCUGAGAGAUGAAAAAGAGACCAUUGAAAAGCUGAAGGAGAAAAAACUGGCACCAAUCACUUAUCCACAGGGUCUUGCAUUGGCCAAAGAAAUAGAUGCAGUAAAAUACCUGGAGUGUUCUGCUCUCACUCAGAGGGGUCUAAAAACAGUGUUUGAUGAGGCCAUCCGUGCUGUGCUCUGCCCACAACCCACCAAGGUCAAGAAGAAGGGCUGCAUGCUGCUCUAAGUAUACAUGAUUAUUUGCUGUAAAAGAGGUACUUAAGAAAUCCACUGGUUUUCUCCAAAAACCCAACAAGGAAUAAAAACAAAUAAUUGGCAGAACUUUUGCAGAACAGCUGCCUUCUCCUUUCUUUUUAGCCAAAUACAGCUCUUGGAUCCACCACAUUGAUGCCACUGAAAUAAUAAUAUUGUAACUAUUUAUUCACCUGCAUGUUGUUCCAAACCCAUAUGAUUUUAUUUCUUUCUUCAGUGUAACACAAAAGGAUAUCAGAAUGACAGCUUAAGUGACCUUUCCAAAAGUGCACUGAAAGUGAAUUGUGACUGAGGCUGUCAUUCUGCCUAUCAUCUCCGUUUGUGUUCCACAGAAAGUCAGAGUGGUUUGGAGCAUGAGGGUGAGUAAAUUAUAACUUUUUCAUCUGAAUUUUAAAGUGUAAAGAACAAGAAAAUAUUUCAUCAUUAUAUUGGAACUGAUGUAUUGUGUGAUAUUGUGAUGGAUGUGAUGUAGUUGGAAUGUUUUAUAGGAACACAAUUAUUUAUUGUGGUCUUGGGUGAGAACCUGUUUUUUUGCUCUCCAUUCUUAAGCCAGAAUAAAAUAUAUACAAGUGAUGUUUUUUUCUAGACAAAAAAAAGCACAAGUACUUGUUAAACUAAGAGGUAUUUUUUGGACCUAUGAAUCACAUUCACAUGUAUGGCAAAAAUAAACUACAACUCUGUU